GCGGGUUACGGCAAAAAAUUGUGUAAGGCUGGAUCGCUGACUACAUAAGCACCGCUACAUAAGCAGGUAGUAUGACAUUUGCAGGACACCGUGUCGAGGAGAUCAGGGACUCAGGGAAUUGUAUUGGAAGCGGGUUGGCACUAUCUUAACUAGAGAAAACGCUGUCGCGGGGAUAGUUUUUAUUUAUAGCUGUGUAAACUAGGCUAUGUAAAACGUAGGCCUAUAUAGAUUUGUAAAAUAUAUUUUUUGGGGGGGGCUAGCAUUGGGUUAUAAUUUCGUAGACCGGUGCAGAAGCCGUACAAUUUAUAGGUUAGCGAUAAAGACCAUCCUUUGUGCAAUUAAACUAAAGUAUUUGGGCUCCUCGUGAAUGAUCUGUAUUUGUUCUUGUGUGUGUUUUAUGAGAUUUGACCGUACGUUUACAUAAUAUAGGUCAAUUUAACAGUUUUCGGUUUAGAUAGCCAUUUCUAGAAAGCCAUUUGAAAUGGGGAUAGGAGCCGAAAAUUCGUCUUUGACCACUAAACUGCCCAGUCACCAAGGGGGAUUCCAGGGUGGAACCGAUAUCGCGAUAAAAGCCCCCUCAAAUGUCGAAGUAAUGAUACCUGAGAAAGCGGACAACGUCCCCGCAGAAAGAGGUGUUUGGAGUCGGCGACUUGAGUUCGUCCUUGCAUCCGUGGGUUAUGCAGUUGGACUUGGGAACGUAUGGCGGUUCCCGUACCUGUGCUACAGGAGCGGUGGAGGGGCCUUCCUCGUGCCCUACCUCACUAUGCUGCUUCUCUGCGGCAUCCCCCUACUUUUCCUGGAGUUUGCCCUCGGCCAGUACACACACCUGGGACCUGUACUGGCCUUUUCCAAAGUCUGUCCUUUGUUGAAAGGUGUGGGCCUGGCUACAGUGGUCAUCUCCUUCGUGCUGUCCACCUACUACAACGUGCUCAUGAGCUGGGCCCUCUACUACUUCUUCAACUCCUUCGAGGCCUCGCUUCCAUGGCAAUCCUGUAACAACACCUGGAAUGCAGUCGGCAACUGUUCGACCGGAUUCCCUGGUAAUGCCACGCACCUGAAGUCUGCCAGCCAGCAGUACUUUGAUCACAAGCUCCUGGAGAUAACCGGUGGCAUUGAGCAGGCGGGGGGCGUCCGCUGGGAGCUCUUUGGCCUCCUCCUCCUCGCCUGGGUCAUCGUCUACCUCUGCAUCUUCAAAGGGGUCAAAUCCACCGGCAAGGUUGUGUACUUCACUGCCACGUUCCCGUACUUCAUCCUGAUCGCUCUGCUGAUCAACAACGUCCAGCUGCCCGGAGCCAAGGACGGCAUCCUCUUCUUCCUGAUGCCCAGGUGGAGCAAGCUGAUGGAGGUUCAGGUGUGGGUCAAUGCUGCAGCCCAGGUGUUCAACUCUAUAGGAAUAGGGUUUGGGACCAUGGUCUCCAUGGCCAGUUACAACAAGUUCAACAACAACAUCCUCCGGGACACGUUGAUUGUCUCACUAGCAAACUCAGCCACCAGCAUCCUGGCAGGUUUUGUGAUAUUCUCGGCCAUCGGCUACAUGGCUCACAUCCACAACCUCCCAGUGGACAACAUCGCCACGGACGGUCCGGGCCUGGUGUUCGUGGUGUACCCUGAGGUGUUCUCCACCAUGCCCUUCUCUCAGCUGUGGGCUCCUCUGUUCUUCCUCAUGCUGCUCUGCCUGGGCCUGGACAGCCAGUUUGCCAUGGUGGAGGUGGCAGUUACGUGCAUCAUGGAUGGAUUCGGACCCCAGGUGCUGAGAGUGUUCAAGAGGCAGGAGGUGCUGGUGCUGGUCAUCUGUGUGGUCGGGUUCCUCCUUGGGAUCCCUCACGUCACCAGGGGGGGCAUGUAUGUGUUCCAGCUGAUGGACCACUACACCGCCGUGGUCUCGCUCAUGUUCCUCGCCUUCUUCGAAGUUCUCUCCCUCUGCUGGAUCUUCGGACUGAGGCGCAUCUCUGUCAUGGUGACGAGGAUGCUGGGAAAAGCUCCCAACAUGUACUUCCGUCUCUGCUGGUUGGUGUUCGCUCCUCUGCUAGUUCUGGGUAUUCUGAUCUCCAGCAUAGUACAGUACACCCCCGCCCGCUACGGGAAGACCUACACCUACCCCGCCUGGGCGGAGGUGGUGGGGUGGGGAAUCUCCCUGGUCUCCAUCAUCUGGAUCCCUGUGGGGGCCGUCCAGGAGCUGUGGCAAUGUGAGGGGUCGCUGUGGCAGAGGCUAAAAACAGCAAUUACACCCACUGUGGACCUGGACCUCAUCGAUGACAGUCAGGAGAAACAGAUAGCAGAUUAUUCAGAGACCUUGUUUCUAAACUCCCAGUGAGGUCAAACACAGUCUGCUUUCCCGUAUGUCACGUUUGUCUACCACAUGAAUCUGCUCUUGCAGUCACUGAUUUCAUAUGGCCCAGAUGGAUCGGAUAACAUUUUUAUUUAUUUUUGCCAAAAAAGAGCUCACCCUUUAAAUGAAUGCAAGUGUCUAAAAAUGUUAUGAGAAGAGCUUUAAACACCACCGACUUGUAUAAAAUGGUGCGAGGAGAAUUUGUUCUGAAGGAUAUUACUGGUUAAGCUCUUUAGCUAGUUUCUCAUUUCCUUUGGAUCCAGUUUCCCUGAUUCUCUAACGUGAAAUGGAUGCAUACGAUGUAUGACUGGUGCUGUCAGUGAAGGUCUGCUGUCGACCCAACCACCACUGCCACCUAGUGGCCAGUUUAAACCACUCCCAAUCAACGUGCUUUUAUAAAGUCAAUCUUGGGUUGGUCUCAUUGAGUCGGUUAAAAUUAUGUCACGUUAAUCUUGUGGGAAAUGAAGCUACUGAAGGAUAUGGGGGGGGGGGGGGGGUGAUUGUAGGAGGACACGCUCAGCCUUGCUCUUGCUGGUUACUAUGGUAACGCACAGUAGAAGUUCACUGCAUCUGGACUGCCUUCGGUCAUUCCUUUACAAUCUGGUGGUGAACUUCAAAGUUUGUGUUUGUUCAUAGCAGGUUCUGCAGACAGCAGAGUUGCUGGGGCUCAUGAAGUCUUUGUCUGAUUAAGAUUAAUUUUACACGUUUUUAUGGCGAUUGCUUGUUCUUCCUACUGAAUAUCAAGUGUCCUGUGUCUUU